UCGUGGAUUGUCCCGCGGUGGCGUACGGUCGUCACGUGAAUUCCUGGAAAAUUAUUGCAUCCGCGAACAUCUAUUGUUGUUGGCCUUGUUCAUAAUGGUGGAAAAUGUAAAAGCAAUCACUCCGUACUUCUGUGAUCUCAAAGUUUAACCUACUUGUCAGGAUUCUUACUUAAAUGUGAGCUGGAACUUCUCUGUUUUCCUGUUUGGAGUUGUUAUCUUACGGCACUUGUGAGCAAGUGGCCGAUUUUCUUGGAAUUUAUUAUGUAAAGCAAAGCAAAGUGUUUGAAGGAGUGGAGCGAAUAUCCAAGUUGUAUACACAAUAUUUGCACGGACGGCCCGAUACACAACUAUUGCGGAUCCCGUUCUUUUCGUUGUGGUAGUGCAGUUCGUGGUGUGAAGGAUAAUUCUGAUAAGCGCUGAUAACGAUUCGAAGCAAAUUAUAUAAGUUCUUCAAAAGGUACUUACCCAAGUUUAAUAUUUCAUCGUGUUUCUCCAGCCAAUGCCUCUGUGAUGGACUUUUGAAUCUAAUCAUUUACAACUUCCCUAGCACCCAGUGACAAUUAAAGAGGUGACUGUAAAGGAAGUUUGCGUGUUACUGAAUCGUUUCAAGUGCCAGAAAGCCAUAGCUGUGAUGGUCUGCGAAGCACAAUAGACCUAGAUAACUGCAAAAGACACGGUAGAAAAUAUGUGAACCCAUUUGAACGAACCAUUUGACCCAGCAUCGAAUAACUAAAAGUAACCAAGGUGUGCAUGCAUAUUUAUUCCCUUUGGUAUGUGCACAAAAUUCCCGGUUUCCGCACUACAGACUGCAAAAUUUUAACUUCCAGAUAUUUGUAUGCAAACAUUACGGAUGCCGGAAUAGAUGUCUGGCUUUCGAAAGGAGACUGAGAAAAUGUGCAGAUUAGCGACGGGAAAACUCGGCACUGUCAUACCUGCUAGUUGUUUCGGAGAAUUUUCAUAAUGGAUUCCGCAAUUAUGAGAUGAUAUCGCAAGUGUGCUUUUCGUAUUAGUGUUUCACGCGAAGAUAUAUUUUUGGUACUUUUUCCUUGCGAAUGAAAUUUCAAAGCACAUUGGGAACAUCUCCUGGGGCGUCAUUCCGCUUCCACUAAGUAGAAAAAAGUGUUUUCGGAGAAAUAUGAAUUUCUCGAAUAUUAGCUGCAUGGAAAAGUCUCACUCGAAUUAUUGAGGGGUUGAAAGGAGUGAACACAAGAGCAUAAUCAAGAUCAAAUCGUCAGAACGUAUCUGAACUCCCUUUGUUAACAGUUGGACACUACAGAGCAGAUGCUGUUGAAGUCGUAGCAUAAUUUGAUACAAUGCGCACAUCAAGGGGCAGAAUUAACCACCAUUUUAAUAUUGAAAGAACUCAACAACGAAAUGAGCAGAUAAAUUAGAAUUUAUGGAAACUACAUCGAAAAACCUAGCGUUGAACGUGAGGAACACGAUUUUGACUGGUCGUCGCAAGAGAUCAUAGUGAAUGCAAAUUUGUUUAUUGUAUGUAUGGAGAAACAAACGUGAUAUUGCCAAGAAAGAAUUUUGCCACAGAUAGUGAAAUGAGAUGAAGUGGCUUUGGGUCGUUAUAGCUGCAGUCCACGUCUUAUCAAAUUCGAAAAUUAGCUCAGCGAACCCAGAUGCAAAGCGAUUGUACGACGACCUACUAAGUAACUAUAAUAAAUUAGUAAGGCCUGUAGUUAAUGUGACCGACGCUUUAACCGUUCGCAUCAAACUGAAACUCUCUCAGUUGAUUGAUGUCAAUUUAAAAAAUCAAAUAAUGACCACUAACCUGUGGGUGGAACAAUCUUGGUAUGACUAUAAACUUAAGUGGGAGCCCAAGGAAUAUGGAGGAGUGGAAAUGUUGCACGUGCCAUCAGACCACAUAUGGAGACCAGACAUUGUGCUUUAUAAUAACGCUGAUGGAAACUUCGAGGUUACUUUAGCAACAAAAGCAACUUUAAAUUACACAGGACGUGUAGAAUGGCGACCACCAGCAAUUUAUAAAAGUUCUUGUGAAAUCGAUGUCGAAUAUUUUCCAUUUGAUGAGCAGACUUGCGUUAUGAAAUUCGGCAGUUGGACAUAUGAUGGCUUCCAGGUGGAUUUGAGGCAUAUCGAUGAAUUGAAUGGUACAAACGUAGUAGAAGUCGGGGUUGAUUUAUCAGAAUUUUAUACAUCAGUUGAAUGGGAUAUAUUGGAAGUUCCUGCUGUCCGUAAUGAGAAAUACUACACAUGUUGCGACGAACCUUACCUAGAUAUUACAUUCAAUAUAACGAUGCGACGGAAAACAUUAUUUUAUACUGUUAAUCUAAUCAUACCUUGUAUGGGAAUCAGUUUUUUAACGAUAUUAGUUUUCUACCUACCAUCGGAUAGUGGAGAGAAGGUAUCACUAAGCAUAUCGAUUCUGCUCUCACUCACUGUGUUCUUCUUGCUUCUGGCGGAAAUUAUACCUCCGACGUCGUUAGUUGUUCCAUUGUUAGGCAAGUUCGUACUUUUUACAAUGAUACUCGAUACAUUCAGCAUAUGUGUCACAGUACUGGUAUUAAAUGUUCAUUUUCGAUCGCCACAAACACAUACCAUGGCACCUUGGGUCCGCACCGUGUUCAUAAAUCAAUUGCCACGAAUAUUGGUGAUGCGGCGACCGCUGUAUCCAAUCAGUGAGAUGAUACAAUCUUCACGUCGACUCAUGGUCCGAACAUGUAACGGGCUUGAAUUGAGGGAUCAAAUACCACCGCUGCCGCCACCAGUUGCCUUCUCCAAGUUUGAUCCAAAUUUGUUGUUGGAUCACAACAUUGUUGAAUCUAGUGAAAAUUCAAAUUUGUGCAAACUACAUCGGAGUAGUGGUAGUCCAAAAACUAUAUCGCGUAGCACCUCCCCCCAUCACAGAGUACAAAGUAUCAACUUGAUGGAUGAUAUGCCCAUUUUUCCAUUGGCAUCAUCAUCUUCCAGUAUUCAUCAUCAACAAUCCUCCUCUACCACAACACUAAUUGACACCCACCAUCACCAUACGCCCCACCAUCAGCAUCAGUCAACGACCACCAGCCUCAUUGACUAUCCUUUAACACCGCGCCGUCAGACAUCCAUGGUUUCAUCGCAGACCCAAACAAUAUCCUUAAACCAUGCGCAUAACCAAUUUCAACUACGUCGUCAACAAUCAACAUCAUCGUCAACGUAUUCUCCAGUUCCACAGCAUCCUUAUCAACAGAAUCAAUCGACAACAACUAGUGAUUUGUUAGAUAGUUCUAAUGCUGUCACGACGUCCUCAUCGAUAACUUGUUCGAUGUGUCGAGCAGAAGCAGCUGCGAAACUCCGCGAGCAACAAGAACAGGCGCGAAAGGCACAACAACAGUCAACAAAAGCAGUUGCUCCACUGCCGUGUUGCACCGUUCGACAUAGAUGGCAUGCAUGUCCUGAACUUCACAAGGCAAUGGAUGGCGUUACAUACAUUGCAGAUCACACCAAAAAGGAAGAGGAGAGUACUCGGGUGAAGGAGGACUGGAAAUAUGUAGCAAUGGUACUGGAUCGCUUAUUCCUAUGGAUAUUUACAAUUGCGGUUAUCGUUGGCACAGCUGGUAUCAUUUUGCAAGCACCAACUUUAUACGACACUCGUGUUCCGAUUGAUAUAAAAAUGUCUGAAAUAGCAACUACCACAGCUAAACCCCACAUUGCCAGACCACAAUUAUAAAAACAUUUCUAUGAAUUAUUUAUAUAAUUAUUACAAAAAAAAAAACAAAAAUACUUCUAAUAGUGUAUCAAAUGAUACUAACAAAUUAUAUCAAAGUAGGAUUAUAUUCAAGUUCGAAAGUUCUGAAAAGGCAAGUGUAAAUACAGUUCGAAACACUCAAUAUUUAAUCAGUUCUGAAAACUAUUUUAAUUUCUAAAUACUUUGCACAUAUUACACUUCUAAUGAGAGAUCCACACCUUUGGCACCUGCCGCAAACUCCAAAUAGCCACAAACGUUUGGCUUGAUUUUGGGGAAUCAAACAGCGCCAUCCACACACUUGCGUGCGUUAAUGUGUUCCCAAUAGGCAAGAUUGACGGACUAAGGGGGGAUCCAUGCAUCGGCAAACGCGUAGAUGCGUUGCAAGCGCAAAUUUCCUUUUAUUUGCGUCAAAAAACCGACACUCGACUGGGUCGAAUACAAGCGCUUGCAACCUACACAAACCAAGCCAAACACUCUACUCGCAUGUUUGAAUUUGGGACGCUUCGUUGAGGUUUUGCAAGUGUGUGGCCCCAGCAUAAGGUUCUCUUGAUUCGCCAAUCUUACCACAUUCACAAAAACCAUUUCAUAUGAGGAACAAUUUUACUUUCAUAACUCCACUUAUUUUCUAAUGGCUUUAAGUGAAUUAAUUGUUUUGGCUUCAUAACCAACAACGGUGUCAUAUUUCAGUAUUCUCGUAGUCUCAAAUAUACCGCAUUUUCUGCCUUCGGCAGUUCAGCCCUAUAUGCAGUAGAAUCGCGAUAAUUUGUAGGGAGGGUAGACCAGUAGCUUACUCCAAACUACAAUUUUA